GUUUGAAAAGGUCCGCAUCAACUUCAACUUUAUAGGUUAACUUAUUAUUCUGCAAUCUACAUUCUACAAUCAACGAAUCAACAUCUUAUUACUUAAUAGUUCUGUGUUACGAGAAUAACAACUGCACAACUGUUUAUUAUUCUAAUUUUGAAAUGUUUGAUGCUGCGCAGAAAUCUGAAUGUGAAGGAUUAAUUGAUGAUUUUAAAGAAAAUGUAAUGAGAAUGAUGUCUUCAGUAACUUUAAUUAAUGGACCUGUAUAUGCAAGAUAUAAUAGGAUACUGGCUCAUCUCUGUCUCCUAAUCGGCAGAGAACAAGAAGCAAUAUUCCAUUUGACAGAAUCGCAUGCAGUGACAUUUCGUAUUUCUGCCUUGAAACUGAGCGAAGAUUGCGAAGAUGAACAGUCCAAUUCAAGCGUCUUACCGCGAAGUUCCCUGAAAAGCGAUUAUUUUUCCUUUAGCUGUUCGAAAUUUCAAAAUGGAUCAGAAAAAUUGAAAGAUCGGCUGAAAUGUCUUCCUUCUGAAUGGACUUUGGUUCAGCUGACAUUCGACCAUGAUGAAACCGAGUCCUGGUUCAAAACUUCAGACACCAAAAUGUUGCCUCUUCAUAUAACCAGACUUCCUUGCGGAAAUAUGCUGUCAAAAAACCGUAGGCCAGUGACGAUCACACUAACCGAGGCACAGAACACAAACAAAACGGUAGGCACCAUCUCCAUUCUGGAGCAGGUGAAUCAGCUGAUCAAGCAAUUCAACGCGACCGGUCUGUCGAACACCGAAAAGCGCCAAAAGCGAGCCAACGCCGACAAACAAAUGAAACAGGUCGUCGGCGAACUCAUCACAAGCUGGCUCAAGGAAUGGAGCUGUCUGCUGAUUGGUCGUUUGAAGGACACAAAACUAGAGCAAAAAAUCGUCGAUGAAGUGGAUCGAUUUAUUAAAAACUAUAAGAAACCCGAUGAAAACGUGAUGGAUGUUGAAAAAGUGAGGACAGUUUUGUAUCAAGUCGUAGACUGUUGCGCGCAUUCUUCGGAAACUUUCAUACGUUCAGCGAUAGAAUACUGUGUGAGGGAUAAAAUUUUGUCUGAUAGUUUUGUAAAAUCGAUUUUGAAUUUCAAGAAACAACACACAACAGCCCUAAUGCGUGCCCUAAGGCAUCCCGUGCUGCUGAUCCUUGACGACCGACUAGAGUGUAUCCCCUGGGAGAUGACGUCAGUGCUUCUCAAGCACCCUGUAUCUCGGGUGUCGUCUCUACACGUUGCAUGUGCACUCUUCGACAAACAUCGCCAAAAAAUGAAGAACGGUAUCGUGGUGAUAAAUGAAACAAAAAGCGGAUUCUACGUUGUCAACCCCGACAAAGAUCUAGUUAGCACUGAGAAGAUUAUUUCAGAUUUCAUCGGAAAAAGAAAACUAGGUUGGGAGGGGGUGGCGGGUGAGAAGCCUUCUAGCAAACAAGUUAUCCGUAGUUUACAUGAGAAUAAAGUGUUUCUGUACAGUGGACAUGGUAACGGUUGCCAUUUCUUGGAUUUCGACGAAUUGGAACGAACGCACAUCACUGUGAUACCCAUGUUGUUCGGGUGUAGCAGUGCGUCGAAGAAACGGAUCGGCGAGGGUGGCAUCUCUGAGUUGUGGGGCGUGUCCGACCAGUACCUGCUUGCUGGAAGUCCCUGCUACUUCGGAAUGCUGUGGAGCGCUCUCAAUAUCCCCACCAAUGUGCUCACACUCGCCUUUCUCAAUAUUUGUCUUCCUGGUGUCCCUAUCAAUGUCAAUGAGGUGUUUGGCCAAGAUGUGAUCGAUGAUGACGUGAAGCAAGAACUGGAAUUGUUGCGAGCUGUGCGCCCGGCCAAGGCCGCUGUCAGCAUGUACAUGAAUGCGGCCGCCUUCAUUGCUCGCGGAAUUCCAGUAGCAUUCACACUAAAUUGACAUCGAACAAAUGUAACAUACCUAAUAUGAGGGACUCGCUUGUAAGAAUCCUGUUAGAAGAAAUAACUACAGUACCAAAAAAUCCUGUAAUAUUUUUGUGAUAGUUGAUGGUUUUUACAGAUUUAUUUUAUAUACCUAGUAGUCCGUAUUUUUGUUUUCUAUAGGCUACUGAAAAAAUGUAAAUAGGAUGGUAUUUUUUUCAUUGUAAAAUGUGAUACCUAAAUGAAUAUAAAAUAAUCCUGUUUAGUAUAUAUGAAUUUUAAAUUUCAUAUUCUUGUCAUACUAUGUUUCAAUAAAUUUUAUUUUAAUAUAA